AGAUUUGGAAAUAUUUUACUGAUACUUGCUAUAAGACUGAUGUAAAACUGUUUAUUUCUGUGAAAAUCCCAGUCGAUCACCGCUGCAGUCAUUUGAUUGCUGCUUUGGUUGAUUCAAUAUGGCGUCCGGUAACAUCAGGGUUUCUCAGUCUUCGAUCUCCAAUUGCCCAGAGUCGAGCCGAAUUCAUUUGAUGGCUUGCGAGAUCGAACAUGAUGGAGAGGCCCAAGUAGCAUCUUACUUUGAUACAUCUGUGCGAGAGGAAGAGGCGAAUUCAGGAGUGCAAAACAGUGUCAAGGGUAUGUCACUGUUUAUGAAGGCUCUGAUUUGUGUUUAGCUGUGUUGGGGAGGAGUGGGUGGGGAGUGGGUGCUGGAACCCUACCAUGGAUGGUAUGGGUUAGAACUCCUUCUAUCCUGUGGAUAAUUUACCAUUGAUUUUUACAGGAGGCUCCGCCCGAAAGGGGUACGUUUUUCAGGAUAUGGAUAUAUGAAAGGGUAGGAAUUUCAACAGUUGGAAGUAUAUGAAAUGGUAGGGAAAUUCUGUCAUUUCAGUCUGUAGAGGGGGACAUUGGGGGGUACCCAAUACCGCAAUACUGUAAAAAAAAUUGGUAAAUACCGAAAUACCGUGUCAAAAAUCGAGGAAAUACUGAUACCGCAUUUAUGAUUGGUCACGUUUACUUAGAGCUGUAUCCAUCUCACGUUUUUGUUUAUCUCAAGCAUGUAUGCACCAGAAAUCAACCUCAGACAUUGUGAGAAAAUGUUAGAGGACCUUGAUCAGUACAACAAUCGGAAAGCCCGGUCAUUGGAUGCCCUUCCAAUUUUGUCAAAGAUUGUAUAAUCAUUUACCAUUAAGUCUAAAGUCUAAAAAAUGUUAACUUUUAUUAACCUGUUUAACUUACUGUGGUUGGUGCUGCAGUUAUAUUGACCUGUAUUAGACAGGAGAGCGCAAAUAAAUGGUACCGCAAUACCGUAAAGGAUCUUCUUUUACCGAAUACCGUUAACCAAAAGGAUGAAAAACCGCAUACCGCAGGGCUAGAUGAUACCGCAAUACUGCACAUUGAAAUCAAAAUUACCGAAAUACCGCUUGAAAAAAAGCUGAAUACCGAAUACCGUAAACCCCCAUGUCCCCCUCUCGGUAAAAAGGCUAAAAAGGGUUAACAGGUGCAUUUUAUGGCUGAUCAUGAGAAAAAGUUGAGAAAACGUUCUGGUUUUGAGAUCUAUUCAUAUUUUAAAGACAGUACAUUACCACAGCAGUUAAAAGCACUGCAAGGUUCUAAACUUGGUAUGUGGGUACAAUAAUAUUUAUCAAUAGAAGGUAUACAAAAGGGAUGCCUUUUCAGUCAAAAAUGGUAUAUAGCUGAAAGUGUAGGGGGUCUAGGAAAUGAACAGUUAUAACAGUUUUUUUGAGACCUUUACUCUUAACUUAUCACUUAUUUCCCAUUCUAUACAAAUCAAUUAAGAAUUUAUCAAAUUUGGUAUACAAAAGAUGAUGAAUGUUGAAUUUUUUCCUGUUCUAUUUAGCCUUGAGCGCAUCAUUCAGAGGGCGUGGUUUGAGAGGUUGUGUUCUGAAUCUACCGGUGGGUUACAUGGGGUAUGUGAUGAAGGAAGAGAAAAGACCUUUCACUGAGGAGGAGGUAAGAUAAUUUUAUGACUAAUUACGUGAUUCCUAUUUGCCAGGGAAGCUUAGUUUGCCAAAAAAAACAGCAUUCUUUCAAGCACAGUAUUAAAAUUAUUGUACAAACCAAGGCUACUCUUCACUCGAUUGGUAUUUUUGCUGAAUCAAGCAAUAUUUUUUACUUCCCAAUAAACUGAAAGAAAAAGAGUGAAAGGGUUCAGGGUACAAAGAAAGUCAGUUUUACAGCUUGCCAGGUAGCUAGCAUUUACUAGCCCAUGAGGCAUUUUAACUACUGUAGCCCAAAAAAUAAUUUUACAAGCAGUGCAGGAUUGAUUACAAUAAUUCUUUUGUAAUUUGAAUUCCCUCAAAAAUCUUUAUGUGCCUGUCAGGCAAGUUAAGAACAGAAUCCACUCACCUCAUACCAAAAUCCACCAGCCCUGGGCUAUCAGACACUACUUUCUUUGCACACUGUGGUUGCCUGGACCUUCCUGAGGUCAUGUUCAAGCCAACAGAUAAAAAGAUCUUUCAUUUAGUGGGGAUCAUGUUUUUGCUCCAUUCAACUUGUUCAAGGGAAACUCUUGCAUACAAAUCUUUUAAUAUGCAAUUAAAAUUCUAGCCUCUUUCAAGUUUAAAAGAAGUCAGACUGGCCGAAGGCUUUUUUCUGAUGAUCAUGUUAUUCAACUAAGAGAGUCUUUCUGACAACAUGGUUUAAUAGCGUAGCUCUCUUACAUGCGAAGUGCACAACAGAACACCAUCAAUUUGCCUAUCUAUGCAUCCAAGAAAUUAUUUUGGUUCUAACAAAAUAAUUUUUUGUCUGUACAUACUUAUAGGUACGUAUGUCUGCCUCUUCAUGUUUAAUAGUGGAUGUGAAGUGCCUUACUUACUACCUUUUAAGUCCAAGGCAUACAAAUUGUGUUGAACUUGAUAUUAGACAUCCAUGUUAUGAUAUAUUGACAGCUGUCAGAAUAGGGUACCUACUGACCGGUGUCACAUGACUGUAUCACUGGCUCAGGUGUACAACCCAAUGAGGUGACAUGUUUUCUUUAAAGUUCUCUGCUGACCAGUUAAGGUAUUCAAGAUUGCAGGCUCAGAAAACUUUACUUUAGAGAGUCAUUUCUCAAAAGUACCCACGGGAGCUUUGCUUUCAGCCUUGCCACACUCAUUUGUCCUGUUUCUAGGAUCGGGUGAUGAAAGCCACUCACAAGUUUUCACAGUUUACCUACUGGAAUCUGGAGACUCCACCUUCAAACAACGAUGCAGUUGUAAAAGCCAUGCAGUGGAUAAACAUUGCAUCUGCAGUAAGUGUUACAGUUGUUGGGUUAUGUACUCAAACUGAGAAAAAAAUGUUCUCUGCUUUCUGUCUCAGUUGGGAAUCCUCCCUCACACACUCAACCCUCCUGCUGGUUAACAGUCUACUAACAAGAGAUUUUCUUUCUAUCAACAGCUUCAUAGGAGUGAUGCAGAUAAUGAGUAUGCCACUCCAGAAAACAUACGAUGAUCCCAGUUUAUUACACAGUGUUUUCAUUUUUUAAUAAUGUAUUGCAUGCUAUAUUAUUUGCUCGAGGACAACAUGUAUAUGGAAUCCAUGUAAAAUAAAAUGUUAUCUACAGU